AUGCCUACAUAUGCAAAGUUCAUGAAGGACAUACUUACAAAGAAGAGAAGAUAUAUGAAUCAAGAAAUAAUCACCCUUGAUGCUUGUUGUAGCGCAAUCAUUCUAAGGACUCUACCACAGAAAGAAAGCAAUCUGGGAAGGGUUACAUUACUGGUCAUAAUAGAAAAUUUUUACAUUGGAAAAGGUUUGAUUGAUUUAGGCUCUAGCAUCAACUUGAUUUCAUUAUCUGUUGUGAAAAGGUUAGGAAGCAUUGAGUUGAAAACAACAAGGAUGACAUUGCAAUUGGCCGACAAGUCUAUAACCCAUCCUUAUGGAGUAGAGGAAGAUGUGUUAGUAAAAAUGGAUAAAUUCUUGUUCCCAAUUGAAUUUUUUGUUAUUGACAUGGUGGAAGAAGCUGAUGCACCAUUUAUUCUUGGUCGACCUUUCAUGAAGACCGCUAGAAUGAUGAUUGACAUCGAUGAUGGUAUAAUGAAGGUGAGAGUUCAAGAUGAAGAUGUUUUCUUCAAUCUCUUUGAAGCCAUGAAAAAUUAA